AUGACUAUCAGCUUCGAAAAGUCGACGGCGCACUGCGUUGCUGCCCUAACCUCAGGCCGAUGCCGCGCAGUUUUAGUCGUGGCCGUCAUCAUCGUAACCAUUUACGCCUUUCUCUGCAGGACAGACGAUUUCUAUCAUCCAGAGCGGCCAUAUGUACUGGAUCGGAACUCCAAGACGACAGACGGCACAGAUUGGUCAAGAUUCGCUUACACGCAAUAUGUCACCAGCAGCGUGUACCUCUGCAACUCCGUCAUGCUGCUGGAACAGCUGCACCGUCUCGGAAGCCGUGCCGACAGAGUCCUCAUGUAUCCUGCAAAGAUGCUCCCGGACCCCGAAACGUGGGACGACGGGGGCUUUCGAGAUGCAGAGCUGCUGAUCAAGGCGCGAGACGAAUAUGGUGUGAAGCUGAAGCCGAUUCAGGUCCAGCAUAGAGAAACGAUAAACGAUACCUGGUCCGACUCUUACACCAAGCUCCUGGCCUUUAACCAGACGCACUACGAGCGCGUCAUUGCCAUUGACGCAGACGUCACCCUCCUGAAGCACAUGGACGAGCUCUUCCUUCUGCCCCCGUGUCCCAUCGCCAUGCCUCGCGCAUACUGGCUCCUCGACGACGACGACGACGACGACGACGACACGAACAAGACCACAAUGUCAUCCCGAAUGACACUUGCCUCGCACGUCAUGGUCAUUCAGCCGAGCGAGCGGGAAUUCGCCCGCAUCCAGAAGAGCGUCGAGCGCGCGGCCGACGACGAAUACGACAUGGAGCUGCUCAACAAGAUGUACGCCAACACCGCGAUGGUGCUCCCCCACCGACCGUUUGCCAUGAUCUCGUCCGAGUUCCGCGAGGCGAAUCACAGCUUGUACCUCGGCUCUGAUGCUGAUGCCGAGGAGGAGUGGGAUCCGGCGGCGGUUCUGAAUGAGGCCAGGACGGUCCAUUUCUCAGACUAUCCCGUGCCGAAGCCGUGGAAGGAACAUUUGACUGCGUAUGAUGAGAUGAGCAUCCGCAAGCUGGAGCCUAAAUGCGCGAUGAAGAAGAAGAAGAAGAAUGACGAGGGCGAAGAUGAUGUGGGAGAGGAUUGCUCGGCGAGGGAUGCGUGGAGGUGGCUGUACUCUGACUUUCGAGAACGCAAAGCGGUGAGUUUGUUCUUAGUGGACAUGUUUUUCGUUGAUGAAAUGGGCUGA